AUGGUUCUUGAGAAAGAGCUGGAAGGGGGUGUGCCCAUGCAUGUCGAAGAGUUGUCCACUGGUCACGACAAGAACGAGGCAGCACACAAUGCCGCGGCCGGUGAGCACACUCAGACGGUCUGGCAAGCUCUGAAGAGCGAGCCAAAGGCUGUCGUCUGGUCGAUUGCAGUCUCGACUGCCAUUAUCAUGGAGGGAUACGAUAUCGUCCUGGUUACGUCUCUGUUCGCACAGCCUGCUUUUGCAGAGCGAUACGGUUCCUAUCUCCCGUCGCAGAACACUUGGCAGAUUCCCGCUCCAUGGCAGUCCGCUCUGGGGAUCGCUCCAACCUUAGGGGCCUUGCUCGGUGCAUUCCUCAAUGGAUGGUUGACGCAUAUGUUUGGGUACCGCAAGGUGUUGCUGGCGUCGUUGAUCGCGAUUACUGCUUUCAUCUUUCUGCUUUUCUUCGCAACAUCUCUGGGCAUGAUCUUGGCCGGGCUCAUCCUCUGUGGCAUUCCUUGGGGUGUGUUCGCGACCAUGGCGCCUGCCUACGCUUCGGAAGUCUGCUCCUUGACUCUUCGAGGUUACUUGACAGUCUAUGUCAACCUUUGCUGGGCAUUUGGUCAACUAAUCGCUGCUGGUGUGCUGGAAGGUUUCGCGACCAAUACUUCAGAAUGGGCCUACCGUAUUCCGUUCGCAAUCCAGUGGAUCUUUCCACUUCCACUGUUCGCCGUCAUUUGGUUCUGCCCGGAAAGCCCAUGGUGGCUCGUCAGUAAAGGGAAGAUCGAAGAAGCAGCGCAUUCCGUACGCCGUCUUACCUCGAAGAACUCCACAGCGGCGCCACAAGAUACCAUUGCGCUGAUCCAACACACCAACAUGAUCGAAGCCGAGACAGAAUCUGGGACGAGCUACUGGAGCUGCUUCAAAAGCGUCGAUUUGCGAAGGACAGAGAUUGUCUGCAUGGCCUUUGCGUCGCAGAUCUGGUGUGGAUCACCGCUUGGAGGAACGCCAGCGUAUUUCUUCGUUCAGGCAGGUCUCUCGUCCUCCAACGCUUUCAAGUUCAGUGUUGGCGGACUCGGCUUGGCAUCCAUUGGAACAAUCAUAUCUUGGUACCUGAUCAGCCGUAUUGGUCGAAGAACGCUGUAUGUCUGGGGUCUCGGACUCCUCACAGUCUGUCUUUUGAUUACUGGCAUCGUUGCCGCCGUAUCCCAUGGUAGCACAUCCAGUUACGUUCAGGCCGGCUUUGUCGUUGCCUGGCUGCUGAUAUAUUACCUCACGGUCGGUCCGGUCUGCUACGCCAUCAUCUCCGAGACGUCCGCAGUAAGGCUCCGAAACAAGUCAGUCUGCCCUUCGAGAAUGGCAUACUACAUCUCGCAAGUAGUCGGAAACGUCAUCGAGCCUUAUAUGAUCAAUCCCGGAAACGCAAACUGGCAGGGGAAAACGGCACUUUUCUGGGCAGGGACAUGCGCUCUGUGCUUCGUCUGGACAUUCAUUCGACUGCCAGAGACCAAGGAUAGGUCUUAUGAAGAACUGGAUCUUCUAUUCAACGCCAAAGUAGGAGCUCGCAAGUUUGCUUCGACAAGGGUUGAUCCAUAUGCGGCUGUGGGCGAGAGAGUGAAGCGGGAGUGA